CCCAGCCCUCCUGUCGGUGUGGCUCCUGGGGCAACGAGUGCUCUCUGUGCCUGUUGAUUAAAACCCAAAUACAUUCAGUCGGAAGGCUGGGCACUGGAAAGGAAGACCGUAUCGGGGCCUGGAGUGGCUGAGAGAAGAGACUAAACACCCCUCACUUAUGGCUGUUUAGUGCAAUUAUCCAUAACACAGGGAUUGUGGAAGGGACGUCAUUUAAAAUCACUUGAAGCCGCCAAAGUUUUCUUCACUUUUGUGGACCAUGGAGAUGCAAAGGUGGUCCACAAGGUGGAAAACGAAAAGGCAGCUUAUGGAUUCCACUGUAACCGCACUCAUCACUUUAACACUGGUUCUGCAGGCUACACAUGUCAGAGCAGCUGAACCAGUGGACGUGCUUAAAGUACUAGAAUUUCACAAUUCCCCCGAAGGAGUUAGGAAAACGUCAGGAUUUUGCACAAACCGAAGGGCAUCUAAGCCAGACACAGCCUACAGAGUUGGAAAGCAGGCCCAGAUCAGUGCCCCCACCAAGCAGCUUUUCCCAGGAGGUGAGUUCCCUGAAGACUUCUCCAUCCUGACCACGCUCAGGCCCAAGGCCGGCCUCCAGUCCUUCCUGCUGUCUGUCUACAGUGAGCAGGGUGUGCAGCAGCUGGGGGUGGAGGUGGGACGCUCACCCGUCUUCCUGUAUGAGGACCAGAGCGGCAAGCCCGCCCCCGAGGACUACCCCCUGUUCCGCUCUCUCAACCUGGCCGACGGAAAGUGGCAUCGUGUGGCCAUCAGUGUGGAAAAGCAGAGGGUCACCAUCAUGGUGGACUGUCAACAGAAGAUCACCAAACCCCUCCUCAGGAGUGACCGUGCAUCCAUCAACACCAACGGCAUCACCGUGUUCGGAACCAGGAUCCUCGAUGAGGACGUCUUCCAGGGUGACAUCCAGCAGCUGCUGAUUGUGGCCGAUCCUAAAGCAGCUUAUGACUACUGUGAACACUACAGCCCCGACUGUGAAACCCCCCACGGCCACUCCCUGCAGGCCCAGCAGCCCGAAGACCAGGUGGCUGGUGGCGGGGAGAAAGGAGAAAAGGGCGAACCCGCUGUGAUCGAACCUGGCAUGCUGAUUGAAGGACCACAUGGACCUGCAGGCCCAGCUGGUCUCCCAGGGCCCUCAGGUCUACAAGGACCCCCUGGUGUUGCUGGAGAUCCGGGUGACAGGGGUCCCGCAGGGCGGUCUGGUCUUGCAGGAGCCGACGGUUUGCCAGGUCCUCCUGGUACCAUGCUGAUGCUGCCAUUCCGUUUCGGAGGUGAUGGAGAGAAGGGUCCUGUGGUGUCGGCUCAGGAGGCCCAAGCCCAGGCUAUUCUCUCCCAGGCUAGACUCGCCAUGAGAGGUCCCUCAGGUCUAAUGGGUCUUACAGGAAGAUCUGGUCCAGUGGGUGUUCCUGGUUCUCCUGGACUUAAAGGUGAUGCCGGAGACCCUGGUCCUCAGGGCCCCAGGGGAGUCCAAGGGUCUGCAGGACAAAUAGGCAAAUCUGGCAAGAGGGGUCGUGGUGGAGUCGAUGGCGCCCGAGGAAUGCCUGGAGAGUCAGGGUCUAAGGGAGACAGAGGCUUUGAUGGCCUGCCCGGCCUGCCCGGUGACAAGGGACACAGGGGGGAGACAGGAUCAUUUGGACCUCCUGGAGCCCCUGGAGAGGACGGACAAAGAGGCGAGGAUGGAGAGAUCGGGCCAAGGGGAUUGGCUGGAGAGAGCGGUUCUAGAGGUCUGCUUGGACCACGCGGUCCACCCGGGCCCACUGGACAGCCAGGUGUAGCUGGAGUGGACGGCCCUCACGGUCCCAAAGGAAACAUGGGACCUCAAGGAGAGCCGGGACCGUCGGGUCAGCAGGGGAUCCCAGGGACACAAGGACUUCCUGGUCCUCAAGGUCCCAUCGGACCACCUGGUGAAAAGGGGCCUCAGGGCAGGUCGGGGUUGGCUGGUUUACCUGGAUCAGAUGGACCUCCUGGCCAUCCUGGUAAAGAAGGCCCAACUGGUGAGAAGGGAGCCUUAGGCCAGGCAGGUCCCCAAGGUCCUAUUGGUUAUCCCGGUCCUCGUGGCGUCAAGGGUGCUGAUGGUGUUCGUGGACUGAAGGGUGGAAAUGGAGAGAAGGGUGAGGACGGUUUCCCUGGUUUCAAGGGAGACAUGGGUUUCAAAGGUGACAGGGGUGAGCUUGGUGUGCUUGGGCCCCGUGGUGAGGACGGACCUGAGGGACCCAAGGGCAGAGCAGGCCCCAACGGAGAGUCUGGCCCUGUGGGUGGUGCUGGAGAGAAGGGAAAACUGGGUGUUCCAGGGUUACCCGGCUACCCAGGAAGACAAGGACCAAAGGGUUCCAGCGGCUUCCCAGGCUUCCCAGGGGCCAACGGAGAGAAAGGAGCCAGGGGCGUGGUGGGCAAAACCGGUCCAAGAGGACAACGAGGUCCAACGGGUACACGAGGAGGUCGGGGUGCCAGAGGUUCAACAGGCAAGCCAGGCCCUAAGGGCACAGCGGGCAACGAUGGUCCACCUGGCCCGCCUGGCGAGAGAGGACCUCAAGGACCACAGGGCCCCGUCGGGUUCUCAGGACCAAAAGGCCCCCCUGGACCACCUGGAAAGGACGGGCUGCCCGGCCACCCUGGUCAGAGAGGAGAGACGGGAUUCCAAGGAAAGACAGGUCCACCCGGCCCAGGAGGAGUUGUUGGUCCUCAGGGCCCCACAGGAGAGACCGGUCCCAUCGGUGAAAGAGGUCACCCUGGGCCCCCAGGUCCACCCGGAGAGCAGGGUCUUCCUGGCUCUGCUGGCAAAGAGGGAGCCAAGGGAGACCCCGGUCCCCAGGGAGCCUCCGGUAAGGACGGUCCCACUGGUCUACGAGGAUUCCCAGGAGAGAGAGGUCUGCCCGGCGCGUCGGGUCCAGCUGGUUUGAAGGGAGGAGAAGGACCUCAGGGUCCAUCUGGCCCGCUGGGCUCCCCUGGUGAGAGAGGUGCUGCUGGACCUGGCGGUCCAAUCGGUCUGUCUGGUAGAACUGGCCCUCAGGGGCCCCCAGGGCCUGCUGGAGAGAAGGGAGGGCCUGGAGAGAAAGGUCCCCAGGGACCAGCUGGUCGUGAUGGAGUCCAAGGCCCAGUGGGUCUGCCCGGCCCCGCCGGACCUCAGGGUCCACCCGGAGAGGACGGUGACAAGGGAGAGGUUGGAGAGCCAGGUCAGAAGGGAAGCAAAGCAGACAAGGGUGAACAGGGUCCUCCUGGUCCAGCUGGUCUCCAAGGUCCCAUCGGUGCUCCUGGACCUGCAGGAAGUGACGGAGAGGCCGGUCCCAGGGGUCAGCAGGGGAUGUUCGGACAGAAGGGAGACGAAGGAUCCAGAGGUUUCCAAGGGCCCCCUGGUCCCAUCGGUCUGCAGGGUCUUCCUGGACCUCCAGGCGAGAAGGGUGAGAACGGCGACGUCGGUCCAAUGGGUCCUCCCGGCCCCUCUGGUCCCAGAGGUCCCCAGGGUCCUAGUGGAGCUGAUGGUGCACAAGGUCCUCCCGGUGGUGUGGGUGCUAUGGGAGGUGUGGGUGAGAAGGGUGAAAACGGUGAAGCGGGAAACCCUGGGACCCCUGGAGAGCCCGGAACUGGAGGACCUAAAGGCGAGAGAGGAGACAAGGGAGAGGCAGGACCACCCGGAGCUGCAGGACCCGCAGGCGCCAAAGGACCCCCUGGAGAUGAUGGCCCCAAGGGAAACCCUGGGCCGGUUGGAUUCCCUGGAGACCCUGGUCCACCUGGUGAAGCUGGUGUUGCUGGAACUGACGGCUCUGCAGGAGAGAAAGGAGAGGAUGGUGAAACUGGUCAACCCGGUCCUCCUGGUCCAUCUGGUGAAUCUGGCCCACCUGGUCCCCCCGGCAAGAGAGGCCCCCCAGGAUCUGCCGGUGCAGAGGGUAGACAAGGAGAGAAGGGCAACAAGGGUGAGUCUGGAACCGAGGGACCCCCAGGUAAAACGGGCCCCGUCGGCCCACAGGGGCCCUCAGGAAAGCCUGGUCCAGAAGGUCUGCGCGGAAUCCCCGGCCCCGUUGGUGAACAAGGACUUCCUGGUUCUUCUGGACAAGAUGGCCCACCUGGACCUAUGGGACCCCCUGGUCUCCCAGGUCUGAAGGGUGACCCCGGCACCAAGGGUGAAAAGGGUCAUCCAGGUCUGAUUGGGCUGAUUGGACCCCCUGGCGAGCAGGGAGAGAAGGGAGACCGAGGCUUGCCUGGACCCCAGGGUUCACACGGAGGCAAGGGCGACGGUGGUAUCAGCGGAGCUUCAGGUCCUCUCGGUCCCCCUGGCCCUCCCGGCCUGCCUGGCCCUGGAGGUCCCAAGGGAGCUAAAGGUUCAUCAGGUCCUGCUGGUCAGAAGGGAGACACCGGUACGAUCGGUCCACCUGGUUCUCCUGGUCCCCCUGGUGAGGUGAUCCAGCCACUGCCCAUCCAGUCGCCCAAGAAGAACCGCAGACACGCAGACAUGCAGGCGGACGCUGCAGGCACCAUGAUGGACUACGGAGAGGGCAUGGAGGACAUCUUCGGCUCGCUCAACAACCUCAAACAGGACAUUGAGAGGAUGAAGUACCCCAUGGGCACACAGAACAACCCAGCCAGGACCUGCAAAGACCUGCAGCUCGCACACCCAGAGUUCCCCAAUGGCGAGUACUGGAUAGAUCCUAACCAGGGAUGCUCAGGGGACUCCUUUUCCGUCUAUUGUAACUUCACGGCUGGAGGAGAGACCUGCAUCUUCCCAGAUAAGAAGUCCAGCGGCGUCAGAAUAUCUUCAUGGCCCAAAGAAGUUCCAGGGUCGUGGUUCAGUGAGUUUAAGCAUGGAAAAACAUUUUCAUACGUUGACGCAGCCGGCAACACAAUAAGCGAGGUUCAGAUGAACUUCCUGAAACUACUGACUGCCUCGGCCAGGCAGAACUUCACCUAUAGCUGCUACAAGUCUGUGGUGUGGCACGAUGAGACCACAGACAGCUACGACAAGGCGCUGCGAUUCCUAGGAUCCAACGACGAGGAGAUGUCCUGCGACAGCAACCCCUACAUCAGGCCCCUCACAGACGGAUGCGCGACGAGGAAGGGCUAUGGAAAGACUGUUAUGGAGAUUAAUACUCCCAAGAUCGAUCAGGUUCCCAUCAUCGAUGUCAGGUUGAAUGACUUUGGAGAUGCCAGCCAGAAGUUUGGAUUUGAAGUGGGUCCAGUCUGCUUCCUUGGCUAACU